AUGAUCUUCGUGGUUCUACUCGCUUUUCUCCUCGCCGCGAAUGCAAAGCAAUUCACGGUGGAAGUGCAAGGAAGAUUCAACUGCUCCACACUUCAUCAAAACGUCCCUGUGUAUAUGGAGCUGAGAGAACGUGAUCUGGUGAGAGACGAUCUGCUUGGAUGGACCAAUGUGAUGCCACAGAACUUCUUCCACCUCAAAGGGACAGAGUACGAGCUGCUCAACAUUGAUCCCUACCUUGUCAUUAUGCAUGGGUGCAAAGGCCAUCCCGAGAAGACUGUCGUUAACAUCGGUCACAUCUACAAAGACACCGUCAUUGAAUUUGGCGAUCAAGAUCUUGCAGAUCCUACCUUACAGAAAAAAAUGGAGGAUAAGAUCAACGUGCAGUUAGCUAUCUACAUCGCCCUCAAAAGCAACUACAAAUACUCACUGAGUGCCAAUAAGGGUUUAGGUUCGGAUACGAAUUGGCUUGAGCAUCAAGAAAAGGUUGUAGUCAAUUUUGGUCACAUCGAUAGCGACGUCUUUAUCGACUUCGGCGAGCAAUUCCUGGACGAUCCGGAGUUCCAGAAGAAGCUGGAGGACAUAGUGAACAAGAGCAUU